CCGACGUAAACAAGUUGUCAUGAUACUCAAGAAUUUCGCUCCGGGAACGACAACUUUGAAAAACGCAAGUAACAAUGAUAAGUCAUCAUGGGUGUGGACAAGGUAGCAAUCACAACCUCAGAAGGAACUUGGGAGCUUCCCCUGGCAGCCAUAUUUUGUAUUGCCAUAGCUGUUUAUGUUCUUCUUGUAAUUAUUGGACUCAGCAUAAGGCAAUGUUUAUUGAAGAAAGGUGUGUGUGGGGGAGGCUGCCCCCAUAUUCCUUGCUGUAACUGCGCUGAAAUAGGCUUACGAUGCGCCCAAGCCUGUUCUUGCUGUGGACCAAAGCCUUCAUGUUCUAUGUUAUUAGACUGCUGUUGCCCAGGAAAUCAGGAAUGCAAUUGCCUUCACCCAGAGGCAUGUGGACCUUGUCCAGAUUAUUCAGAGUGUACAUCCUGCACAAGUUGCUGUGAGAAUCCUUGCAUAAACUGCAACAACUGCUAUAACUGGUGCUCUUCCCCUUCUGCCUGUGCUCCAGGACCUUUGUGCGACUGUAGUAGUUGUACUUGUAGUUGCACAACACCAGAGUGCUCCACAAUAAAUUGUCUUUGUUGUGAGAUAACUAUUAAAGGUCGUGGACCACAGGGUGACAGUUAAUAAUGGCUUGUGAAACCAAGAAAUUUAACCGUCUUUUAACUUCACUUCCAAAAUUCCUCAGCUUCUGAUGCUGUGUUUUUUGGAUUGCCUUUAGUUUUAUUAUGUGAAUUUAGUUCUUUACUUUCAGUUAAGUUAAUUCUUCAGUUGUGAUAAAUGGAAAUUUCCUUUGCAAUAUACUUUUAUAUAUUUUGUAUCUACUAGUCAUUAUUUUUAAUUGUGAUUAUGGAGCACAAUUUCUUAGCAAUUCAUGUCCAUGAAAGGAAAUAUUGCUGAAACAAACAUAUCAAUGUACCUGUUAUUCCAUCCAGUAUGUAAAUAUCUGGAGUUUGCUAUUUUUGUAAAAGUACAAAUUGAGAUUUAAUUCAUAAGAUGUUUUGUGUGUGAAUUAUAUUAUUAAAGUUGUGAAAGCUUAUUUUGUCCUAAACUACUGAUACCUCAAAACUAAAGUCUGUGUCGAAUAAAAUAUUUUGCUUUUUA